GCCACGGCUGCGGCGGCCAGUGGCGGAGCACGGAGGUGUCACGUGGGGCAAAGGUCGCAGCCGUGAGGGGCCGCGGAGCCGGUGGCGCUCACACCGUCGAGAGCCGUAGCCAUGUUCGGGGGUUUGGGGCGCUGCUUCGAGGAGGACCCCUUCUUCCGAGAUCCUUUUGCUGCACACCAUGAAUAUAUGCGGCAGAUGAUGAGAAGCUUUUCUGAUCCUUUUGGACGAGAUCCAUUUCUCAGUAUAACAGAUGGUAGGGAGAGAACAGUAGAUCGAAGAGCACGCCAAGACUCUCAGGUUGCUCUAAGAGGAAAUCGCAGAGCAACGAGCUGUGGCCUCAUGCCCUUUGCAGGCUUUGGUAGAGUGGAUGCAGAUUUUGGGGACCCUUUUUUUGCAAUGGACAGGAUGGUGUCAAAUAUGAGAAACAGUAUGCUGGAAAUGCAAAGAAAAUUUGAUGACCUGUCCAUCCAUCCAGACGCACACACAUUUAGCUCCUCCUCUGUGAUGACGUACUCCAAAGUAGGAGAUGAACCACCAAAAGUUUUCCAGGCUUCAUCUCAGACACGCACGGCUCCAGGAGGUGUUAAGGAGACAAGAAAAGCACUUAAGGAUUCUGAAAGUGGGCUGGAAAAAAUGGCUAUUGGUCAUCACAUUAAUGAUCGUGCUCAUGUCAUUAAAAAAUCAAAGAACAGGAAGACUGGUGAUGAAGAAAUGAACCAAGAAUUCAUCAACUUGGAUGAAAAUGAGGCCCAGACCUUUGAUGAAGAGUGGCAGAAUGAGAUUAUGAAGUUCAGGCCAUCUAGAACUAGAUGCACUUUAGAAGCUCCAAAAUACAGAAGUACUCAUCACAUACCUAAGGGAGAUGGAUUGAGAAGAGGGAAACCACUGGCAAUUGCAGAAUCCAGGGAGCCCCGAGGUUCUUUGGAGAAUCUCAGUGUGAAAGGAACACAUGUCCCCAUCAGAAGCAGCAAAAAAUAAAUUGCUUCCAUUCUCCAUUUGAAUGGAGUUUCUUCAGAGAAGAUAACGGUGCUGCAUUGCUUAUGUUUGUAAAAGUAUACACAUAUAUAUGACCAA